AUGAUCACCUCAGCAGUUCAACAAACCAACCACUACCAGCCUACUGUAUCCGACUUCUACGAUCCUGAUGACGUCUUGCCUCACGACAGUCCCCAGAUGAAUUCUUUCAGACCCAAGCUGGAGCCUUCCCCCAGCCCGCCACCUCAGAUCCCUCCAGUUGCGGCCUCCCACAAACAGGGGGAUGCGGUCUUAAUCAAUUUCUUGAGCAAUGGCAAGCGCCCUGAUAUCGCCCGCGCCAUCGCUGUCCACUCUGACCAUUCCGACGCCGCAUCUGGCGCUGAGGACGACCCAUCCAUCUCCUCCAGUCCCUCCACGUCUUCUGCAUCAUGCAAGUCUCCCCCUUUCAACCUCGCCGCCGUCGCCGCUGCGGCGGCCUCAUCCUCGCCUUCUGAACCUGGUGCAAUCAAUCUCAUCAACCUUGCUGCGGGCGCCCUAGCCUUCACCACUGGCAACGGUCCAGACCCCCUGAGAAAAUCCACAACAGACUCGACACCUGUCGAAUCUGUUCGUAGCGACACGUUGAGCUCUGCAGCCCCUCAAACAUCACGAGCUCGCUUCAAUCGCCCCCUCGGUGCUACAUCAUCCGAGCCCCUCUACCCUUCAGAAGGGUUCUAUACCGCUACGCCACCUGGCCACUCGAUGCGCCAUGCUGAAGUUAUCUCGCCCAUGUCGCCACUACAGCCCGCUCUUGGGGGACUGCCUCCGCUGCAAAUCGAUUCACCGAAAUCAGAUAGUCCUGGUCACGUUGCCGGGGUCUUUACACUCUGCCGUCGCCGCGUACCCUCGACCCUCGCCGGCAAAUGUACCACGCAUGUCUUCGAUACCAUCACUCUCUGGACGCCACCCGUCGCCGCCCACAUCGCCCAAUGA